GGCCGCCCCGCCCCCGCCGCGGCCGGUUUCCAUCCCCGGCCCCGCACCCCGCGCUCGCCGCCACCGGGGGCCCGUCGCUCGCGGCUCCUCUGAGCCACCCGUUUCCGGUGGGGCCAGGGCGUCUCCGCGGCGGCCAGAUGCAGGCGGACCGAGGAGCUCGGGGCGGCCGUGGCCGCCGGCCCGGCCGUGACCGGCCCGGCGGAGACCGCGACCGGGCGGGAGCCGCAGGGGCAGUGGCGAGAGGCGGCGGCGGCGGGGACAGUGGCGGCCGCCGGGGUCGCGGCCGGGGCUUCCGAGGCGGCCGCGGCGGCCGAGGAGGAGGCGCCCCGCGAGGCGGCCGCCGGGAGCCAGGAGGUCGGGGCGCCGGGGCCAGAGCGCCGGUUGAAGAUGACAGUGAUGCAGAGACCUAUGGAGAAGAGAAUGAGGAACAGGGAAAUUAUUCUAAAAGAAAGAUAGUCUCUAACUGGGAUCGAUAUCAGGAUACUGAAAAAGAGGUCAAUAAUGAAAGUGGAGAAUCACAGAGGGGGACGGACUUCAGUGUUCUCCUCAGCUCAGCAGGGGACUCCUUCUCACAGUUCCGGUUUGUUGAGGAGAAAGAGUGGGAUGGUGAAGCUUCAUGUCCAAAACAGAAUUCAGCAUUUUAUGUGGACUGUGAGUCGCUGGCUCGAGCCCUUCAAGAACUGCCUCUCUCACUCCGACUCAAUGUUGCUGCCGAACUGGUCCAGACCACCCUUCCUUUAGAGCUUCCUCAGGUGAAACCAAAGAGAAGUGAGGAAGGCAAAGGACUGGGGAUGCAGUUAAAAGGGCCCCUGGGCUCUGGAGGAAAGGGCUCCAUCUCCGAGCUGAAAUUGGCCGCUGCUGGCUGCCCCACGUACCUGGAUAAAGAUGGCCCAAGCCCCACUCCCUCACAGGGUUCUCGGAAACCCAGCGCCCCACUGCAGUCAGCAGCGGACCACUUGGAGGAAGAAUUAGACCUGCUGCUUAGUUUAGAUGCACCUGUGAGAGAGGGAGAGAACAUCACACCAGACCGGACCUGUCAGGACCAAGAAUCUGAGAAAGAUGGGAAGGUGGCCCAAGAAGAAAAAGGUCCUGCAGAGCUCUCUGUGAUGGAAGAAAAGAAUGUGGAAUCUGAGCAACCAAGGCCAUCAAAAACUAUUACUGAGGAAGAGCUUGAAGACUGGUUGGACAGCAUGAUUUCCUAACAUGAAAGAAAAAGGGGG